AUGUCCCCUACAGGUGGUCGUGGCUACUGCUAUCCCACUGGACGCGGAAUGCCUGAUCCUGGCAUGCAUAGUGUUGGGGCUGUGAUGCCAUCUCCACAUGAGAUAGGAGUGAUGCCAAUAAGAGAUGAUAGUGUCUCACAGCCUGUUCAAAUUGGGGCACUAGCCACUGCACUUGCUAAUGCCCCACCUGAUCAGCUUAUGGAGAUGGACCAGACGGAGGUUCUCCACCUGCUAGAGUUCACAGAUGCUCUCAAGGCAAUGGUUGCUGAAACCAUGGAGGUCCUACGUUCUAGCCAGCAUCUCCAGCAAAGCAAUGCCUCCCCCGAGCAGCAGCUGGUUAAUCUGUCACUGAAAGGCUUGAGUUCAAAAAUGGAAAUUGCAAGUUUUGAUUGCAAUUUGAAGAGACAUGUACUUAUAUAA